UCCAACUCCUACUACAACUCCCUCACCCUCUCGCUCUACUCGUGAGCCCCCGACUCCACGCCCACCACUUUCCGUCCAGUCCCGAAGGUGGGAGUGCGUCUGCGGGUCUCGCACCAUGGCACGGCUCGGCUUGCCGGCGCUUCUCUGCACCCUGGCCGUACUAAGGGCCGCGCUGCUGGCUGCAGAGCUCAAGUCGAAAAGUUGCUCGGAAGUGCGACGUCUCUACGUGUCCAAAGGCUUCAACAAGAACGAUGCCCCCACGCAUGAGAUCAACGGUGAUCAUUUGAAGAUCUGUCCUCAGGAUUAUACCUGCUGCUCUCAAGAGAUGGAGGAGAAGUACAGCCUGCAAAGUAAAGAUGAGUUCAAAAAUGUGGUUGGCGAACAGUGCAAUCAUUUGCAAGCCGUCUUUGCUUCCCAUUACAAGAAGUUUGAUGAAUUCUUCAAAGAACUACUUGAAAAUGCAGAGAAAUCCCUGAAUGACAUGUUUGUGAAGACAUAUGGCCACUUAUACAUGCAAAAUUCUGAGCUAUUUAAAGAUCUCUUCAAAGAGUUGAAGCGCUACUAUGUGGUGGGAAAUGUGAACCUGGAAGAAAUGCUAAAUGAUUUCUGGGCUCGCCUUCUGGAGCGGAUGUUCCGCCUGGUGAACUCCCAGUACCACUUCACAGAUGAGUAUCUUGAAUGCGUGAGCAAAUAUACGGAGCAGCUAAAACCCUUUGGAGACGUCCCUCGAAAAUUGAAGCUACAGGUUACUCGUGCAUUUGUAGCAGCCCGUACUUUUGCUCAAGGCUUAGCAGUUGCAAGAGAUGUAGUAAGCAAAGUCUCUGUGGUAAAUCCCACAGCCCAGUGUACCCACGCCCUGUUGAAGAUGAUCUACUGCUCGCACUGCCAGGGUCUAGUGACUGUGAAGCCAUGUUACAACUACUGCUCUAACAUCAUGCGAGGCUGUUUGGCCAACCAAGGAGAUCUUGAUUUUGAGUGGAACAAUUUCAUAGAUGCUAUGCUGAUGGUGGUAGAGAGGCUAGAGGGCCCUUUCAACAUUGAAUCGGUCAUGGAUCCCAUCGACGUGAAGAUUUCUGAUGCUAUUAUGAACAUGCAGGACAAUAGUGUGCAAGUGUCUCAGAAGGUUUUCCAGGGAUGUGGACCCCCCAAACCCUUGCCAGCUGAACGAAUUUCCCGGUCCAUCUCUGAAAGUGCCUUCAGUGCUCGCUUCAGACCAGAUCACCUAGAGGAACGCCCAACCACAGCAGCUGGCACUAGUUUGGACCGACUGGUUACUGAUGUCAAGGAGAAACUGAAACAGGCCAAGAAGUUCUGGUCUUCUCUUCCUAGCAAUGUUUGCAAUGAUGAGAGGAUGGCUGCAGGAAAUGGUAAUGAGGACGACUGUUGGAAUGGAAAAGGCAAGAGCAGGUACCUGUUUGCAGUGACAGGAAAUGGAUUAGCCAACCAGGUCAGUAAUCCGGAGGUUCAGGUUGACACCAGCAAACCUGACAUACUGAUCCUUCGUCAAAUCAUGGCUCUUCGGGUUAUGACCAGUAAAAUGAAGAAUGCUUACAAUGGGAAUGAUGUGGACUUCUUUGAUAUCAAUGAUGAAAACAGUGGAGAAGGAAGUGGAAGUGGAUGUGAAUAUCAGCAAUGCCCUUCGGAGCUUGAGUAUAACGCAACUGACCACUCUGGGAAGAGUGGUGAUAAAGCCAGCUACGCUGAUACCUGUGUUAGGGCACAGCCCUACCUCCUCACUGUUUUCUGCAUCUUGUUCCUGGUUAUGCAGAGAGAGUGGAGAUAAUUCUCAAUCUUAGAGAAAAAAAUGUUCAUCAUCAAAAAAGUUAAAAGGCACCGGUUAUCACUUUUACACCAUCUUAGUGACUUUGCUUUUUAAAUGAAUGGACAACGAUGUACAGUUUUUACUGUGUGGCCACUGGUUUAAGAACUGCUGACCUUUUUUUUUUUCCCUUCAGUUUUGCAGGAAAAGGGGACUUGUAUGUUAAGUCAGUUUUUGGUUCCCCAGAAUCAUGAUAAAUGUGGCUAGCAGUGUAGGUACAGAACUGUAGUUAGUUGUGCAUUUGUGAUUUUAUCACACUUGUUUGUUUGGUUUUUUUUUUUGUUUGUUUUUGUUUGUGGGUUUUUUCUUCAAUUAUGAUCUCACCUUGUUUCUUACAAGAAAACCAGGGUCCUUUCUUGGCAUGUAACAUGUACGUAUUUCUGAAAUAUUAAAUAGCUGUACAGAAGCAGGUUUUAUUUAUCAUGUUAUCUUAUUAAAAGAAAAAGCCCAACAAGCAGUAAAAUUUCCAUUUAUUCCUGUUUUAGUUGCCUUUUCUGGAGAGAAGAGGAGAUGAUUCUGUUUUUUUUAUUGUUAAGUUAGGCCAGAAUGUGAAGGCAUAAGGAGGCUUAUAAGCCACUUGUCAGGUGUAUUCAAGCAUCAAUACAAAAAGAAUGUUAUAUUUCAUUUAUAGCUGGUGACUGGAAGAGACUGCAGACUGCUCAUUUUGGUUGAGUUGAAUUGCAUAAAUUGCAUAAAGAUCACAUAUAGGUUUAUUUCUUGAGCCCGCUUAUAGUGUAACCCAUUUAGAAGACUCUUAAUACAUUUCCCCUAGCAAGAUAUAAAGCCAUUCAGGAUAUCCCAGUUAUCACAUGUUUACACUUAGUUUAGAGGCGAGUUUUCGUUCAUUUGUUUUUUUUUUUUUUUUUUUUUUUAAUCCAGGUAAGUUAACAAGCCACUAUGUGCUGGUCUUCAUGUCCACACUUGACCCUCUUUAAAUUGGUAUCCCAAUGACAGAAAUAAGUGGCCAACUAUCUCAUUUGGUCCCCUGUGCUAUAGUGUUACAGAUUUCAAAUCCAGCCAUACAGAGGGAGCUGUUUGGGGGCUAGAUAAAAUUGGGGUAGGUACAGCCUGGGCUCAGGGAAUAGCAUUGACUCUUGAGCAAAAUUUUUAAUCUGUGCAUUUGUAUUUGCGUUUGCUUCGGGGUCCUAGUUUUUUAAGAGAUUCUAAGGUGUCUUAUUUGAGUCUGUUUCUUACUCAGCCCCCGCUAAUCUGAGAGGCGAAGGACUUGCAGUGGUUUAUAGCUGUAUGCUACCCUAUCAGCCAAGAAGCCCACUUGGUGGAGACCUGGGUAUCUAGAUUUUCUUCCAUGUGUUAGUUUUUUUUUGGAGAGGGGAGUUAGGAGGAAGAGUGGGAGUAAGUAGAGCUGUAAAGACUACAUCUUAGUGGUGACCCUUAGCCAGGUGGGUGAACUGGCAAAGGCCUUAUUUGUUGUCUCAGGCCAAAGACUAACUGCCUUGGCCCCUUAGGCACCCUUUCCUUGUGUCCUUACCAAAUGACAGCUUGUAAAACUAUAAGAAUGUAACAAUUCACUUUAAAAAGAGUUUCCAAAAGUCUUCAGAAAGAAAAUUCUGCAAGUCUCUUCCUGCUUUAGACAGCCAUUAAGAUCCUAAUGAAUUCUAUAGACGUUAAAACCCACAGAGAGGAUGUUUGUGUUAUUGUUCAAUCUUUAGUUAUAAGAGUAAUUCUCUAUUUUUAUAUUGAAACAUAAUUACUUGAUAGCUCAGGGUCUACAAUUCAUUCAACUUUUAACACCAAAUUCUGCAGAAUGGUCAAAAUGGCAUAUCAGGGGCUGUUGUAAACAGAGGCUUAAUUUUAUUAGAAGUAGCCAGUUAUUUAUUAAAGCAUGAUGUUAAUAAAAUGGGCAUAUUCUG